AUGGAUUGUAGGCCUUUGGAAAUAACGGUGUUCAGCGCAAAUGACAUCAAGGGCGUGAACAUGUUCUCCAAGAUGGAUGUCUACGCCGUCGUCUCCGUCUCCGGUAACGGCGUCAGGAAGCAGAAGCUCCGCACCCCCAUCCACAAAGACGCAGACACCAACCCCAAAUGGAACCACACCCUUAAGUUCACCCUCGACAACUCCGUCCUCGACCGCCUCCAAAUCAAAAUCAAGCUCAUCUGUGACCGCACCUUCGGCGAGACCAAGAUCGGAAAGGUCGUCGUUCUGGUCAAGGACCUCCUGCAAAACGAGAAGAACGACAAGCACGUGACCUAUCCGGUCAUCACUGCCAAGGGGAGACCCAAAGGCAACGAGAUGAGAACGACGAUGGCGACGGAGUCGCAGAUGAUGGAGGCCUAG